UGCGGUUGCCAAAAUAAUAGGCAAUAAUGUCAAAAAAUUGCAAAAGUUUGCUUCCACAGUGAAGAUGUGGGUCUUCGAGGAGAAUAUUAAUGGGAGAAAACUGACAGAUAUCAUAAAUAAUGAACAUGAAAAUGUAAAAUAUCUCCCUGGAUACAAGCUGCCAGAUAAUGUGGUUGCUGUCCCAAACCUUAAUGAAGCUGUACAGGAUGCAGACUUGCUGGUUUUUGUCAUUCCUCAUCAGUUCAUUCAUAAAGUCUGCGAUGAAAUCACAGGACGAGUACCCAAGAAAGCGCUCGGUAUAACUCUCAUAAAGGGAAUAGAUGAAGGCCCAGAGGGACUCAAGCUGAUCUCUGACAUUAUUCGAGAGAAGAUGGGAAUAGACAUCAGUGUGCUGAUGGGAGCUAACAUUGCCAAUGAGGUGGCAGCAGAGAAAUUUUGUGAAACCACAAUAGGCAGCAAAAUCUUGGAAAAUGGCCUUCUCUUCAAAGAACUCCUGCAGACUCCCAACUUCCGAAUAACUGUGGUAGACGAUGCAGAUACUGUUGAGCUUUGUGGUGCUCUGAAGAAUAUAGUAGCAGUAGGAGCUGGGUUCUGUGAUGGCCUUUGCUGCGGUGACAAUACCAAAGCUGCCGUUAUUCGCCUUGGCCUAAUGGAGAUGAUUGCCUUUGCCAGAAUUUUUUGCAAAGGACAGGUAUCUACUGCCACUUUCCUGGAGAGCUGUGGAGUAGCUGAUCUCAUCACAACAUGUUAUGGUGGCCGGAAUCGACGUGUAGCAGAAGCGUUCGUUAAAACUGGAAAGUCUAUUGAAGAAUUGGAGCAAGAAAUGUUGAAUGGUCAGAAACUGCAAGGACCACAGACUUCUGCAGAAGUGUAUCGCAUCCUCAAGCAGAAAGGAAUGCUGGAAAAGUUUCCGCUAUUCACUGCUGUGUAUCAAAUCUGCUAUGAAGGGAAGCCUGUCAGAGAGAUGAUAUCCUGCCUUCAAAGUCACCCAGAGCACAUAUAAAAUCAAUCAGGCCAUCGUACUAAUGCAGCUUUCUGCCUUUUGAAUUUCUAUCUGGGUUCAAGUGGAUGUAUCAUUAAGCUUGGUUCAGAGCUGCUCGCUAGGCAACAGUAACAACAUGAAUGUCUCGGAAUGGGUAUUGAGUUUUGUUAUACAGCCUAGCUGGACAUAGCAUGCAGUGUUGGCUUGGUGAUUGUCAUUUUACUGGCUGUUUCAAGAUACGCAAUGCAAAAGUUGCACUACAU